AAGACUUUUGAGUUUGUUUGCUCUUGGGUUUGCUUGCUUCUCCAUUCCUGUGUUGAGGUUUCCAAGAUUGCGGAGAACAUUGGAUGGGCUAAAUGUCUUCUAAGGUGGGAUUCUGGCUUGAAAAGAGGAGGAAAAAGAGUAAGAAGGGGAUGGAAGAGGCUGACAAACAUCUGGAAGUAGAACAGUUUUGCUUCUGAGACUCUACUUUAUAGGUAAAUGGGUCCAAGAAGCCCAACAUGAGCCAACACACCUGAAUGGGAAGGAAAUCUACUGAGAUCUUGUCUGGAAUCCUGGUGGAGAUGAGAGCUGGGGAGACCUAUGUCUCACUGACUCCCAGCUCUGCUGGGACCUCUAAAAUUAAUCCCAUUUCAGAAGGUUUCAGGUCCCCCGAGAUCCAUCAGUGGGUGCCCAAAGCUGCUCCUGAGGCUCCUGCAGCCCCUCCACCACCUGAGAAACCACCUGUGGGUGAUGCCCUCACACUAGACCUCAUCACUGGUGAUUUACUUUUUAGAGGAAGCAAAGAAGCUGUAAACUUCUACUCCAAGUCACCAGCUCCUGACUCCUGUCCAUGGUGGCACAGGCUCCUCCUCAAAGCUGGGGGGCUGGGGCAAUUCAUCCUGCUGGUCCUGGUGGUGGUACUGAGUGUGCAGGUUUUUCAGGGCUCUCCGCAGCCAGUGGUGAUGAGAGUUCCCCAGCCAGAUGAUGAGAUCCAGGGAAGGAACCAGAAGGAGCAAUACAUGUUUUCAUCCCUGGUGCGGUAUUUCUGCAAGCCCCAAGUGGAGAGCCCCACAGCCUAUGCUGGCUGCAAGCUGUGUCCCCAGGACUGGCAGCUACAUGGGGAAAGAUGCUACUGGCUUUCUGAGGAAUUGGGAAACUGGACUCAAGGCACAAAAAGCUGCAAAAAUCAAGACUCUCAGCUGGUGGUACUCCAGGAAAAGAAAGAAAGGGAGCACAUCAAGGUUAUUACAGGCAAAAGCCCACCACCAGUGUGGAUUGGAGUAAGGUCACAUCAAAAGGAGUGGAGAUGGGUGGAUGACACACCCUUCAAUGCCAAAAUGUUUGGCACCUCCCUGCAGGAGAUGGGUGAAGGGUGCGGGACACUAAAAGCCAAGGGCUUUGAGGUUCAUAGAUGCGAUGCCAAACACAAGUGGGUUUGCAAAAAAAACCCCUUCCAGCUCUACCCAAUAACAGCAGGAGGCGAGGAGAAACACAAUGCCUCCAUCUGACACAUGCCUACCCCAAAAUGCCCAUCCCAUGAGACGCUGGGGUGGAAUCAGCCCCAUUCUCAUCAUUAUGUCUUUGCAGGAGAUUUCAGGCUUUGCAAAUCCACUUCCCACAAGGAUCAAGAUCAGCUUGGGAGGCACAAAUGAGCCCCUGAAUGGGAAAUCAGAAAAGCCUGUGCCUCAUGCACAGUGAUGAUAGAGGAUAGAGCUACAACAUCAAUAAAAGUUUAUCAAAGUGGUUUGCCUCAAUUUACUGAGAUAACUCAGGUGAGAGCACAGGUGGCACAUCAUGGUUCAUAUAUAAACAUGGGAAAUUUCAACUCAAAAAAGCUUUCCUGAGUGACAAAACUUAUAUGUGUGCGUCUCUUCAGGCACCGCUGAGAGUGUCAGCACAAAGACUGAUGCAGGCAGCCGAGUUUUGCUCGAGUUUUGGGGAUUUGGAGGGUUGGGUUUGUCUUUUGCUUUUUUUUUGUUGUUUUUUUGUUUGGGAUUAUUUGUUGCUAUUGUUUUGGAGUAGUU